CAUGACAAAUUCACCAAAAUAUAGACCACCCCAUAAUCAUCCCCACUUACCCCAACAUCAAAGAAGUCCUAAAGUUUGAAACUUUUCCCCAAAGAUUGAAAAUUUUUAUGUCAUUGCCAAAUGGGUAGGCAAGAUAAUGAUCACACAAUGGUGAAUUCCUCCAUUGCUCUUCUCCAAGAGAGGUUUAGGCAAUUGGAGAAAGUGAAAGAAAGAAGAGAAGGGAAAGAACUUCUUAAGUUGCUGUCUUCUUCUUCUUCUUCUUCCUCUUCUUCAGAAACUCAUGAUCUGAGAGGUAAUUUAUCAUCUAUGCAGAACCAACAAGCAUCACAGAGGAAUAAGAAUAACUCUCUACAACCAAGGUUGAUGGUUCCAUCACAUAGGCCAAGUUUUCAUGAUGAUUCUCUUUCUCUUGGUCUCAACUUGAAUUCCAAGCAAGGUUAUUAUGAUCAUCAUAACUAUACCAUGAAAUCAUCAUCAUCAUCACCAUCAUCCUCCUCCUCCUAUAGUUUAUGGUCAUCACCACAAGGUGCAUCAUCGUCAUCAAGAAAUUUUGAGAGCUCUGAUGUUGAUACUUCCCUUCAUCUGUAAAUAUAUAUGUACUUCUUCUCUAAUACCAAUAUAUAUAUUAUAUGUUUGUAUGAUAUUAAGUUAAUACUCCUAUAUGUGUUCUCCAUCGUUUUGUAGCAGAAAUCCAAGGGGGCAGCAUGUAUCAGUGUAUGGAUAUAAUUCAUAUAAAGAAAACAGAAAUUACAUGGCAUUUUAUAGGCCAGAAAAUAA